AUGCAGUUCACCACCCUUGCCCUCAGCGCCCUCUCGGCCGCCACCGGCGUCUUCGGCGCCCCCACCCCCCAGGAGGCCGGCACCCCCAACCCGGACAUUGUCAUCUUCGGCGUCAUGUCGAUCCGGUCCGCCAGCCCCGUGCACCUGACGCCCUGGGGCGCCAUGAACAAGGGCAUCUUCACCAACCUGUCCACGCAGGACGCCCAGUGCUACAACGGCCCGGCCCAGGACAGCGCCACCUUUGUGCUCAACAAGGCCGACGGCACGCUGUCGCUCUACACGGACGGCAAGCCGUGGCAGCAGCUCUUCGUCGACCGCUCCGGCAUGGGCCAGGGCAUCAUGCAGUACACGACGGGCGCCGAGCCGGCCCCGCGCAACGCCGAGCGCGACGGCUGGGCCAUCGACGAGGCCUCGCAGCACCUCACCUUCGCCGGCAGCGACGCCUUCCUCGCCUGCCCCAGCCACGCCGACUCGUACCGCAUCCUGCCCUACGUCGGCAUCGAGAACCCCGCCGGCUACACCGACUGCCUCAGCAUCGCCGCCCGCGUCGUCGUUGCCGAGCACCCCGUCAAGUGCCUGUACUCGCAGAACUAG